CGCACCGCAGCUGGACUACCGCGGACUCCUGAACGGCCAUGUCCCGCGCACCUCCGCAGCUCCACGCGCCGCACCGCGCCGGGCUGGCAGCGGAGAACGGCCUGGAGGAGAGAGAGGGGAGAGAGGGGAGAGAGGGGAGAGAGGGGGAGGAAGAAGAAGAAGACGAGAGAGAGGGGGAGGAAGAAGAGGAAGAAGAAGAUCUGGAGGACGAGCUGGACGCUUCCCAGCUGGAGAGGUUUAUGAAAGACAGGAGGAGAGCGAAGUCUCUGCCCGCGUGCCCGGCCGCGCUGCUGCUCGGAGUGUCAGCGUGUCCCCACGAGAGGAAGCACGUGAAGUUCGCCGACUCCAUGGGGAUGACCCUGGCCAGCGUCAAGCACUUCAGCUCGCUGGAGGAGCCGCGGAUCCCGAGUAAAGUCCUGUCCCGACACAACAGCUUCCCGCAGCGGGACUUCCUGUCCGACCUGUGCCACAGCUUCAGGUCCAGCAGCCUGGACACGGACCGGCUGGUCGCGUGCUUCCCGGAGCCCCGGGACGCGGAGCGCCGAGUGCAGCGGCUCCGCGUGUGUGUGGAGAAAAUCGCCAUCACGCAGUUCGACGUGCGCGGGCAGAUCCGAGUCUUAUCCGACGGCUGCGCUGGCACAGAAGUCGGCGUGAGGUACACCUUCAACGACUGGCUCUCCCACGUGGACGCGCAGGCUUUACCCGUGGCCGCGGAGCCGCCCCCGGGCUUGGUGGGAAAGCGCUUCAGCUUCACCGUGUACACGCCGCCCUUCAUGGGGCCCAGCGCGGCCGUGCACCUGGCCGUGUACCUGCGGAGCGACGAGGGGGAGUUCUGGGACAACAACGAGGGGCAGAACUACAGCUUUCAGUACCGCUGCAUGCCCGGCACCACAACGUUUGGCAGCGCCGCUUUCUCCACCUGAACUGUGCGUAAAAACUUAAAAUCUGUGCGU